AUGACUUUUCAAACAGGCAUGGGGUACUUGAGAGAUGCGAUGACAGUGACAGAGUGCUUGCAUACCUUUUGCAAGCCUUGCAUCAUGCAGCAUUUUUCUGAGUACCUCACUUGUCCGACUUGUGAGAAGGACUUGGGUCCAGCUCCUCAUGAGAAAGUGAGGACCGAUCGCGCCAUGCAGAACAUUGUAGACAAAGUUUUCCCUCAUUUUGCGAAGGAGGAGAGUGUGGGCGAGAAGAGCAUUCAGAGAGAAGCAGAGGCAGGCACCAAGGCACGAGAAGAAACUUCAGCUGAGUCCGAGGCCAAGAGGAGGAAAGUGGCAAGCAAAGUGGCCAUGAAGAAGAAAAUGCAGCAGACGCAGAAGAACUCUGAGGGAGGAAACAAGAAGUUGUGUCUAUCCUUGUUUCCACAGGAGGAAAGCACCAAGCCCUUGCCAAAGCUGCUGAAGCCCUACUUGCGGUCGUCUGUGGAGGCCACAGUCAAACAGUACAAAAAUUAUCUCUGCAGCAAGCUGAAACAAGAUCACAACUACGAGGUUGCAGCAGUAGAUAUCGAGAUUCUCUGCCGUGGGGCUCCGCUUAAGAACGAUCUCUCCCUCAAGACCGUGUGGAGCGACUGCUGGAACAGUACCAGCGAUCUUGAGCUCACAUAUCUGCUCAAAACUUGA